AAUCCCAGGGAAGGGGGGGAGGGCCGGAAAAAAAAAAAAGAAAGAAAAAUCCCAAGGAAGAAAUCUGAUUGGUCCAGCUUAGGUCAUAUGUCCACCCCUGGCUCAAUUACUGUGGCCAGGGGGCGAGGGUGCUACGAUUGGGCUGGCUUGAGUCAGAUGCCUGCCCUUCAGUCACUGUGACGGGGCUGGAAUUGUCAUGGAACAAGAUGGCAGCACCCAUUCAAAUUACAAGGCUAGGGCCCAGGGGAGAGCUGUCCCCAAAGAGAAGGAGGUGCAUUUAUGCCCAGAGGAAAGGAGAAGUGCACAGCUGACAAAGUGAACAGAUAUCCACUACACACAUAUAUACAGCAGGGGGCAGCUUGAGCCAAGGUGUGUUCAUUUUAGGAUUCUCACUGACCUGGAAGCCUAGAGGGGCCUGCUCCCCAGGGGGUUAUUUAUGCAAAAGAAGGAGCACAAGAGACAUGGUCCCUGCCAUCUAGAGACUUGCAGGAUAGCAAGGGGAACAGAAUAAAAAGGGUCUCAACUAAGUGGAAUAAAGCUGUGGUCAAUAAACUUUCCUGAGUGAAAAAAUGUUUGGCCAUACAUAUAUGUUAAAAUAUAUUCUAUAAGUCAUACACAAUAGAAAAUUUAAAGGACAAGAUAAAUAUCUUUAAGGCAUUUUUAAUUUUAUAUUAUUUAUGAUUCAAAGAAUACUUUUUUCUGUCACAAAAAAUGAGGGUGUGGGUGAGAUAAUGUCUAAGGUGACCUUCAGCUCUGCAUGUUACAUGCACGUUCCACAGAUGUAGAGAGGACAGGAUGCAGGUACUAAGAGUGUAUUUUCUUGACUCCUCUAAUCUCUACUACGACUAAUGAGAAUAAUUAUAACCUCAUGUAAAACUUUAUUUAAAGGCAUGUGUCAAGAUCUGAGUGUCAUUGAGAAAGGACAAAUGGGUAGCUUCUAGGAGACACAACAAGAUGACAUUUAUCUUGGUGAAUUCAUUGCAGUUCAAGGCUUGGGCCUUGCCAAAGCAGAAACAAACCAGAAACGAGAAAUUGCCUGUCCCUGAGUGCUUGUUAUAUGCCAGGCGUUCAGCUACGUAAGCACUUUACUUAGACAUGUUAUUUUUUUAAAUUCCAUCAACCACUCUAGGAUGUGGUGUUCGUGUUCUCAGUGGGAAGACACUGAGGCAGAGUGAGCCUAAGCCACAUCACUUAGUAAGCAAAGGAGCCGGGAUGCAAACCAUAAUAGCGAUAGGAGUGCUUCUUGAGCGCUUAACCUGUGACAGGCACUGUUCUAAGCACUUGAGUUGAACUAACGUAAUCUGCACAGCAACUCUUUGAGAUAAGCUACUAUUCUUUCCCGCUAAUAGUGCGGAAAUAGAGGUACCGAGAGGUUAAUGACUUGCCCAAGGUUCACAUCUGGUAAGUGGCAGAGCUGGGCUGGGGACCUGGAUGGUCUCACUCCUCAGCUCCACUUUCUAAAUCACUGUGCUACACCAUCUCCACAAGCCCGCGAGACUGCAAACCAGUGCCUGGUGCUGCCUCCCUUGCUCAAUGGAAUUUUGAUCUAAAUAUUUUUCCAGAGUUCCAGACUCAGAGUCAGGGAUGCUCAAUCAUGCUGACUCUCCUGAGAUUGAUGGAUAAGCCAGAGUAUCAGUUAAAUAGUUCCUAGGAGUACACCAGACAUUUGCAUCAGCCUGACCCUCAUAUUGUUUCCCAGUAGCUACACAGGAAACUGCAUCAUCCGAAGGCUGCCUGGUGAGCACAAGAAACAGAAUAGAGGGCAUGAGUUCUAUAACUUAAUGACCUCGGUAUCCUAUGUUCUGACCUGUCUGUCUCCACAGUCGUGAUACAUUUUUUCUCUGUAUCUGACAGUAAGUUUUUGUUGGCCUGAGACAGUGGAUCAGGCCCUGGACCGUAUCUCUGUGGCUGUAGUUACCUCAGCCUGGCCCAUUCUUUCUUUAGAUGAAUUAAUGAUUCAGUCAAUCCUCUGUCUUUUCCUGGAGUUGACUUUUCCUAUUCUUACUCUCUGAUUCACCAUCCAAUCAUUCAAAACUACUUACGAGCACUUUUGUGUGCAGGAAAUAGAGGAUAUAGUGGAGGGACAUUUUAGUGAAGGAGACAGAAUUAACAUGUAAACUAAUGAAAAACGAGAUUGUUUCAGAUGGUGAUAAAUGCUACGAAAAAUUUCAAAGACGGUAGCUAGAUUGAGCAUGGGGAUGGAGGAGGUGUUGGGCUGUAGACAAGGUGAACAGGGAAUGUCUCUCAGAGGAGGUGAAGUCUGAACUGAGCCCUGCAUGCUAAGAAGGAGUCAGUCGUGUGAGCUUUCUGUGGAUCUUAAGAGUUUAGUUCUCAGGGGAAGCGCUUCAUGCCUAUCAUUCGAGGUGGCAGUCCAUUGCCUGACGAUGUGACACAAAGUAGGCAAGUAUGGCUGCAGUAAUGUUGUGUAUUGGGUGAUCAAUUGGUAAUGCAGCCAUGCCUUCCAAAGCAAACUGUGAACUCGUCGUCUAACAGGUAGGGUACUGGCUGGAUUAAAUAUUUGAAAUCGGGGCUAUCUAGGAUUUUCCAAGGAAUGUGAUUGCCAUAAUUAAUAGGCUACAGUGGGUUGGCCUGGGCACCUGACCCUACACUUUGAUAUGGGAAGUACGUCUCCAGCUUCUAAAAAGCCAAAUAACAGGUAAAAUUUUGAAAUAAAACCACUUGCCAUUUGGGACUAAACUUCUUUUCCCCAACUAGAUUAUAUGUUCUUCCCUCAGAGCAAAGUCUGAGUUUUAUACAUUGAAUCCCUCAAAGCGCCUAGCAGAGUGGUGGGUUAUAUAUGGGACACACAAAGGCCAGUGGGUUUGCCUUAAAUUUUGAACCUGCGCUGGACUUGGAGGGUCUCGCACGCUCUGGCCCGGAGCGCCGAGCUGCUGUUCACCCUCCUGCCGAACGGGGGCGCAGUGGGAAUCCCGCGCGGUGAGGACGAGCGGCCGGAGCCCGUCUUGGCCGGGGAGGGCCGCACUCCCACAAUGCACCUUGUGUCAACACGGCCCUGGGGGCGUCUUCCAGGAGGCUCGGGGGCGCCCAGCAGACCCGGGCGCGGCCGGAGGGGUAUCAGGCGGGGCCGGGGUGUUGAGGGGCGGCUGGCAGCCAUGGCGGAGUCGGCGCCUGCUCGGCACAGGAGGAAGCGCCGCUCCACACCUUUGACUUCUUCCACGCUGUCCCCACAAGCAACAGAGAAAAGCUCCUAUUUGCAAACCACGGAGAUCUCACUCUGGACAGUGGUGGCUGCCAUUCAGGCCGUGGAGAAGAAGAUGGAGUCACAGGCCGCCCGGCUACAGAGCCUGGAGGGACGAACAGGGACAGCUGAGAAGAAGCUGGCCGACUGCGAGAAGACGGCCUUGGAGUUUGGGAACCAGCUGGAGGGCAAGUGGGCCGUGCUGGGGACCCUGCUGCAGGAGUACGGGCUGCUGCAGAGGCGGCUGGAGAACAUGGAGAACCUGCUGAGGAACAGGAACUUCUGGGUCCUGCGGCUGCCCCCGGGCAGCAAGGGGGAGGCCCCCAAGGUGUCCAGGUCACUUGAAAAUGAUGGAGUCUGUUUUUCAGAGCAGGAGUGGGAGAAUCUGGAGGACUGGCAGAAGGAGCUUUACCGGAAUGUGAUGAAGAGCAACUAUGAGACUCUGGUCUCUCUGAAGGUCCUUGGCCAGCCAGAAGAAGAAGUGGAGUUGGGGACAGAGAUGCUGGGUGACUUGGAGGAGGAAGGCCCUGGUGGUGUCCACCAAGCCUGGUUGCCCUGCCUGGCCACAUCCCUUGGAGGAAAAGCCGGAGUUCCCUCAUCUGUGGUUACUGUGGCAAGAGCUUCAGCCACCCGUCUGACCUGGUGCGGCACCAGCGCAUCCACACAGGCGAGAGGCCCUACAGCUGCACCGAGUGCGAGAAGAGCUUUGUCCAGAAGCAGCACCUCCUGCAGCACCAGAAGAUCCACCAGCGGGAGCGGGGCGGGCUGGCCCCAGAGCCUGGAGGGGCCAGUGGCCUGCUUUAAGGGUGCCAGCCCCUUACCCGUCCAGGGGCGGAGGGGGCUGGCAUUGGUCCCCCUGAAGAGACACUGUGCAGAGUCAGGGCCUGACUUCUUCCUGGGUGGAGUCACUUUGAUUUGCCUUCUCGUGACCAAGCACCGAGCCCAAAGGCUCCUGAAAACCAUGUGGAAGAGGAAGAGUCUGGGCCAGGCGUCUCCCUGCUGUCUUUACCCUGCUGCUGUUUGCUGUCUCUUUGGCACCUUCAUGUGUCUGAUUUUCCAUCUGUGCUGGGUCUCCUGGGCUGUAGUUGGCUCUCUGACCCCACUGGGACUGGUGGCUAGUUCCAGGCAUUUCUGAAUGUCCCAGCAUUUCAGGUCUUCCCACGAGGUUGAGUCGGCCAAAGGAAUGAGCAGGUGUGUGGAAGAGUUCUGGGAAGCAUAACCCUCUAUUUCUCUUCUUUUGUAGUCUCUUUGUUAAUGACAAGUAGAAGAAAUAAUUUAAAUGAACUGCUUAUCCUGCUCUGAAGAACCUUUUUUGGAAUUAGAUUUUAGUUGAUUUAAAAAAAAAUACAGUCCGACACUUGGUUUUUAAUUUUCAAGAGUUGUAGAAGUUGUUCCUAACAUGGGGACAGGGCCUACCCUCUAGGAGGGAAUCGUUUACGGGGCUCUUUUAGCCCACCCACACUUAGUUAGGCCAGAGAUCAGGGGCAUAGUCCUGGGGUGCCCCUUGUGGGGGUCCAGAGGGGGCCGACUGAAUCAGAAGGGCCGAGAGGAGGAGAGGAGUUGAGCUAGACCCAAAGCCUCUGCUGAGGAUGCGGAGCCCUGUAAAGAAGCUGAGAGGACGGAGCUGCUGCGGGAGCUCAGGGUUCCCACCACAGCCCUCUCCGUCUGCAUCCCUGCCCUGGCUGUGCUUCUGCAGCCUCUCAGGGUAGAAGACGACUUUGUCACUUAGGGUCGCUCAGCUUAUACCAGUGGUUAUUUGAGUUUGUCCCUACUGCACCCGUUGUUUCUUGAGGUGGUUCAGAUUACACGCUUUCCAAAUUAGUUCUGGGACUGACUGUUCUGGAGAUGAUGGAGAAAAAGCACACAGGUGCUUGUCUGUCUGUCAGUGUUGAAUACCUACCCCACUCUUGUUUGGGGAGAUGGGAGUGGGCUCCCGAGUCCUGUGUGAGUGUCCCCUUUGCUGAUUUUCAGUUGCCUAAAAUAAAACUUGCUGUUAGCAAAAAUAAAAAA